GUUGCUUUCGGUCUCUUUGGAACUGUUUUGAACUGGUUGCUGUCCUACCUGACUGACUGGUGGUUUAAAAGACCAGGCAGGAUUGUACAGACCUACUCAAAGACCACGUAGCCGUACUUACAAAUGACAGCUUGGAAUGUGACUUGAAGGGUGCACCACACCACAAACGCAUGUCAGGAGUCCAUUAGUCAAGGCAUGGUCUACGUGUCUGCUUGACUAUGGGACGAUGUAACAGGAACUAGCUUAAGUUUAAUCGUAGUCCUGUAAAGAAGUGAGAGGUCGACUUCGGACACAGGCAGCAGGAGCUGAAAAGCCAACAGAAAAAAAUGGCGGGAUUACCAAAGGCGCCUGCACUUGGUUCUCAGCGAUGGAACCUCGCCAUUCUGUGUUUCUUUGGAUAUGUUGUUAUGUAUGCUGCUCGAGUGAACCUGAGUGUGGCCAUCAUCUGCAUGGUGCGCACACCACGUGUCAACGUCACUUCCGCGUCACUAAGAAACGUUAGUAAACAUGGCCUCACCUCGGAAGUCAGUUCUGUUCAUCCGGAGAUGACCUCUGACACCAUUACAGCAGAGGAGGAUGGGGCUGAUCAAACUGACUGUGGUUUAAACAACAUAAAUCAAGUCCAACCUUUAAACGAUGGCGAAUUCGACUGGGACAAAGAAACACAAGCUCUCCUUUUGGCCAUGUACUUCUACGGGUACAUUUUCACACAGAUCCCGGGUGGUUGGCUGGCCGGUCGCUACGGUGGGCGGCGCGUGUGGGGGGUGUGUCAAACCAUCUGCGCCCUCAGCACUCUGGCCACGCCCCUCGCUGCACGUGCCCAUGUCUACCUAGUUUAUGUCAUUAGGUUUAUUCUUGGAUUAGCAGCGGGUGUCUCUCUCCCCUGCGUUUACUCCAUCAUGGGCAGGUGGGCGCCCAAACUGGAGAGGAGCAAGUUAAUGUCCUUCUGCGCCACCGGUUACUCAGUUGGAAACGUUCUGACCUUCUCAUUGUCCGCCCUGCUGUGUGUUUAUGGAUUUGACAACGGGUGGGGAUCCGUAUUUUACUUAACAGGUGUAGGGAACCUAUUGUGGGUCGUGGUGUGGUGUAUAGUGACGGCCGACACACCAGCUCAACACAAAUGGAUCAGCGAGGUGGAAAGGAACUACAUACAGAGUUCCAUUGGAGACACCCUCGAGAAAAAGCAAACACUACUGCUAACGCCAUGGCAAGCCAUUUUCACAUCAGUUCCUUUCUGGGCGGCUGUUAUCGCUGAAAUGUCUGUUAUAUACACUUCAUACACCCUUCUGACGUCACUUCCGGCUUUCAUGAAGGAGGUGUUGAAAUUUGAUCUCAAGCAGAAUGGCGUGUUGUCGUCCUUGCCCUUCGUGUGUGAAGCGGUGAUGUCUGUCCUGUCGGGACAGGUAGCGGACAGGUUGAGAGAGCGGGGUGUCCUCAGCACCAAGAACACUAGGAAGCUCUUCCAGUUCAUGGCGUCCUUUGGAUCCUCCAUAUGUAUCGUGUCUGCUGGCUACAUGAGUUGUACUCAGCGCCCCCUGGCGGUGUUACUACUGUGCCUUUGUCUCUUUUUCUAUGGUCUAAACAGUGCAGGCUAUAGUGUCAGCCAUUUCGAUCUCGCUCCUAGACAUGCUGGGGUGAUGUCUGGAAUAUCAAACACGGCUGCUACGGCCUCUGGAAUGGUAGCUCCUCUGGUGGUGGGUGCCCUGACACCAAACGGAACAGCUGAAGAAUGGCGUCAAGUGUUCUACGUCUGCGCCGCUGUGUCCGUUGUGGGAGCGAUGGUGUACGGCAUCUUUGCGGAGGGAGAGUUACAGAGCUGGGCGGCGCCUCCGUCUGUACAACAAGUGGUGGACUGUCACAGAGUGAAAGGGGAAGACAUCCACUCUACUUCCGACAGUAAUGAUGGUUCUUCCAGUAACGGUACCGCCAGUAUCGCCGACCUGCCGAUUACUGGAAGCAAGAGGAGCAUUUCAGAUCCUUCGCCUUCACUUGGUUCUCAGCGAUGGAACCUCGCCAUUCUGUGUUUCUUUGGAUAUGUUGUUAUGUAUGCUGCUCGAGUGAACCUGAGUGUGGCCAUCAUCUGCAUGGUGCGCACACCACGUGUCAACGUCACUUCCGCGGCUCUGAGAAACGCUAGUAAACAUGGCCUCACCUCGGAAGAAAGUUCUGUUCUUCCGGAGAUGACCUCUGGCACCAUUACAGCAGAGGAGGAUGGGGCUUAUCAAACUGACUGUGGUUUAAACAACAUAAAUCAAGUCCAACCUUUAAAUGGUGUCUCUAACCCCUGUGUUUAUGCCAUCAUGGGCAGGUGGGCGCCCAUACUGGAGAGGAGCAAGUUAAUGUCCUUCUGCACCACCGGUUACCCAGUUGGAAACGUUCUGACCUUCUCGCUGUCCGGCCUGCUGUGUGCUUACGGAUUUGACAGCGGGUGGGGAUCCAUAUUCUACCUGACAGGUGUAGGGAAUCUCCUGUGGGUCGUGGUGUGGUUUGUGGUGACGGCCGACACACCAGCUCAACACAAGAGGAUCAGCGAGGUGGAAAGGAACUACAUACUGAGUUCCAUUGGUGACACCCUCGAGAAAAAGUUAUUAUGCUUUCUUUCAUGUCAGCAAACACUACUUCCAACGCCAUGGCGAGCAAUUUUCACAUCAGUUCCUUUCUGGGCGGCUGUUAUUGCUGAAAUGUCUGUAAUAUACACUUCAUACAUUCUGCUGACGUCACUUCCGGCUUUCAUGAAGGAGGUGUUGAAAUUUGAUAUCAAACAGAAUGGCGUGUUGUCGUCCUUGCCCUUCGUGUGUGAAGCGGUGAUGUCUGUCCUGUCGGGACAGGUGGCGGACAGGUUGAGAGAGCGAGGUGUCCUCAGCACCAAGAACACUAGGAAGCUCUUCCAGUUCAUGGCGUCCUUUGGAUCCGCCAUAUGCAUCGUGUCUGCUGGCUACGUGAGUUGUACUCAGCGACCCCUGGCGGUGUUUCUGCUGUGUCUUUGUCUUUGUUUCCUUGGCCUGAGCAAUGCAGGCUUCAGUGUCAGCCAUUUUGAUCUUGCCCCUAGACAUGCUGGGGUGAUGUCUGGCAUAUCAACCACCGCAGCUACGGCCUCUGGAAUGGCAGCUCUACUGGUGGUCGGUGCCCUGACACCAAACGGAACGGCUGAAGAAUGGCGUCACGUGUUCUACGUCUGCGCCGCUGUGUCCGUUGUGGGAGCGAUGGUGUACGGCGUCUUUGUGGAGGGAGAGUUACAGAGCUGGGCAGCGCCUCCAUCUGUACAACAUGUUGUGGAAUAUCACAGUGUGAAAGGGGAAGACAUCCACUCUACUUCCGACUGUAAUGAUGGUUCUUUAAGUGACAUUACUGCUAAUAUCGCCGAUCUACCGAUUAUUGAACGAAAUACUUAUAGAGGAGGACACGAUAACUACAAGACGCACUCUGAAAUUUGUAGACCUUUGUAAUCUGUGUGCAACAAGAAAAACAAUUAAUCUAUUUUUGAUCAGUGCAGAGGAUAUUACAUAGUGCCUUUUAUGAUUUUUUAAGGCCUUGUUAGUUAUUCACAAAAGUCACACAAAAAUUCGUAUGAAUCUUUUACUUUUUUACGGCCGGCUAUUAACCACCGAACCUCAGUAAGCUGAAGAAUUUGUUGUUUGUGUAAAGUAGUCCUAUAUCUAUUGGUCAAAAACAUUCAGUCGAACACUAUUAUUCAUAAUGAUAUGACUUUGAACCUAGCAUUCUGAACUUUUGUUGAAGUUUGGUGAUGCUGGUUAUAAGCUUCUUUGGUAAACUGUUAAUAAGAUUGAUGUAUUUGAGGGGAAGGAGCAGGACUUUGUUAUUUAAAGAUGUAUUUAUCUUUGCCCUUGUUUUUAUUUGAAACCUGUAUUCAUCAUAAAUGUCUGUAGGGGAGGUAGUUGUGUAUUUCUGUGUUGGGAUCUGCCACACUUUCGGUGAAGCUAUGUCUCACACUAAUAUUG